CACCUGCCUGGCAUCCAGCUUGUCUCUGGUGUAAGGCUAAGGAAGCCCCAAACACAUUUCGCAACUUGGAAUGUUUACACUCCUCGACAGAGGAGACCAACAGGAUAUUGCUGUUGCGGAUAUUACUGCUGCACUCUGUACCAUGCUGGCGUGGUCCAGCAGCGAUAUCGCUGCCCUUACACCGACACAGGGGAGCUGCAGCUAGAAGUGGGGCGGCCGCUUACACUGUUUGCUGGGUUGGCCACUCUGAGGCUGAUCACAGAUGCGUUUCCCUGCGCGCUGGUGCUGGGAAAAGGGACCCACCGAAGAGCCUGAACACACCUCUACCUGCAGCGCCCCCACGUGCUGCCCAGUAACGGGCGUCAGCUAGCUACAGCACGGCGACAGCGCCCCUCCCGCCAGCUUCCGCAAGGUGGGCGGGGCCUCCUGUUCUGUGGGCGGGGCUUCAGAUGAGUCAAUCCCGCCUCAAACUCUCUCAGUUGACGUGUCUUGGCCACAUCAGCUGCUGCUAGGAUCUGGCAGGACCCCUCCGUGGCCUUACGUUCCCUCUGUAGCUGGUUUCCGCUUCCGCAUUCGUUAGGGUGCGAGAGACGGUGGCCGCGGCGGGUCAAGCCGGGGCAGCUGCGGUGUUGGGUUUGAUUAGCCUUCCGUGGGGGUGGCUGGGCUGCCAUCAUGGAGACGCUCUACCGGGUGCCGUUCGCGGUGCUCCAGUGCCCCAACAUCAAGCUGAAGCGGCCGAGCUGGGUGCACACGCCCUCGGCCAUGACUGUCUACGCGCUGGUGGUGGUGUCCUACUUCCUCAUCACUGGAGGAAUAAUCUAUGAUGUGAUUGUAGAACCUCCCAGUGUUGGGUCUAUGACCGAUGAACAUGGACAUCAGAGACCAGUGGCCUUCUUGGCAUACAGAGUAAAUGGACAGUAUAUUAUGGAAGGACUCGCAUCCAGCUUCCUUUUCACAAUGGGAGGCUUAGGUUUCAUAAUUCUGGACCGAUCCAAUGCACCAAAUAUCCCAAAGCUCAAUAGAUUUCUGUUGCUUUUUAUUGGAUUUGUCAGCGUCCUGUUGAGCUUCUUCAUGGCAAGAGUUUUCAUGCGGAUGAAAUUGCCGGGAUACUUGAUGGGUUAGUGCCUGGUGUGAUAUAAGCAAGCACAAAAUGGAUUUGCUUCUCUUCAUGAAGAGCUUAAAAACAAGCAAUCUAUAAAAAAUUAUACUGUCCCCCACAAGAAGACACAAGAAAGGUCUAGUUAUACGAACGAGCAAGUGCAAGAAGUGCUUCCAGCUGUCUCUUUUCAUAAAUAAAAAACGUCAUUACCAGUGGUUGGUGUAUUUUUAAAAGAGCAUUUUAUCACUAGUCUAUUUCUAUCUUUAAAAAAGAAAAAGUUACUGAACUGUUACUUAGCUUUAGGUAUGAAUUUGUAUCUUGAAACAAUUCACUAUAAAAUGUAAAACUGGUAUUUUUCCCUUCCUCAUUUUUUCCUUUAACCUGACUGAGAUAUUGGGCACAUGUUUUACAAUUCCUGAUUUUAAAGUCUGCAGCACUCUGGCCUUUUUUCCUGUGGCCUGCCCCAUACCAAGUUUAUACCUGGAGAGAAGUCUUCUGAUGAUGCUUUACUAUCAAACACACUGUGUCUAGUGAAGUUAUUUCUAAGGCACCAUUUGCCUUGAUAUUCAUGGCAACGCAUUAACAAAUCCAGAUGUACACUGGAUACAACAUUGUGUGAGUGAAUUUCUUUUUGGAACAGUGUAUGAAAGGAGCCAAAUUAAACAUGUUUUCUACUAGA